AUGAUUUCAUUGGACAUUCCAGCCAAGAACAUCAACUGGGAAAGAGUAUCUCACUGGCUGCCGGAUUGCGAUAUCAAUGAUUCUGCUGACCAUAGAGAUUCCUGUCACUUGGAACCCCCCAAAUCUAUCUUACCCAGUUUCCGUGUUAUCGACACCGAGCAGCAGUGCAUCAUUAUUGCUCCACCAUUUUGCAGAUACGCCACACUGAGCUACGUUUGGGGGGAGACAAAAGGCUCAGUUCAAGCUCUUGUUUCCAAUAUCAAAAGUCUUGAAGUUCCAGGGUCCUUAACAAGGACCGGAGUCUCACUAUCACCUGUCAUUCGCGACGCUAUCAUGGCAUGCCGCUAUCCAUACCUUACUCUGGUCGACCUGGUCGGCACCAAUGCGGACCACGGACUAUAUGGGGUAGAUGCCAGACAGCGGAUCCGGCGAUGGAGCGCCAAAGUACAAGGUCUCUAUUUUCUGGGGAGAAGUGACCCUUUCGAAGCAUUAGUCGCUGAGUCAAAAUGGAUGACUCGAGGCUGGACAUUUCAGGAAACACUGCUAUCAUCCCGACUACUAUUGUUCUCAGACACCAAACUCAUCUACGAGUGCUCUGGCAGGGAUGGCGUAAUUGAUGAUGAAUGUGGGCGCGCCUGGCCUCGCAAAAGAGUGAAAAUCGCCUUGGGCUCUUACCAAGGUAUUGUUCAUGACUACACAAAACGGACCUUCAGCUUCGAAUCUGAUAUAUUACGAGGGUUUGCGGGUAUCCUACAUGCGGGCUAUGGUUCCGACCAUUACUUCGGACUACCAUUCGGCGAGUUUACUAAAUCAUUGAGUUGGUAUACUGAGAAUGGUGAAUACCCACGCAGAGUUACAGAAACCCGAGAUGAUAUAUUUCCAUCUUGGUCCUGGUCGUCAACAACAAAUAGCGUCACGUUCUUCAAGAGUAGUCAAAUAACGCGCACUGUCACUGUGGCCAUCUUCGCAAUUCCAUCGCAUCAAGAUGAAAAUCAGGCUUUCAAGGUCAUCACGGACACUUCGGGGUUUGUGCGUGGAGGGGAAAUCGAGAGAUCGUAUCCAUUUUAUAUCUCGUGGGCGCUCCUACUAAUUCAGGCUUGGAGACAAGGCUGCUUUCCCGAGAAGAUCCCGAAAAAGCUGGACGACUCCCGGUUGACUUGGGUGGAUUGCGAACGUAUUAUCUCAGAUAUAUGGACAUUCCCCAAGGACAUCAGCCAUGUCGCGCGGGGACUCGAUUCACAAACCUCCACCGUCUGCGAUUUCCAUUCGAGAUUUCCCGCUCCCCUCCAGACCAAAUGUGAGCCUGGUUGUAUUAUGGUGUACACACAGUCACUACGACUCAGAAUCGUACCAGCUACAGAAGGAUAUGAUGAAUCCAAUCUUCAGGAUCAGCAAGGGCGAAUUAUUGCGUGGCUACUACCACAGACCGCAGACUGGAGCUCGAUCAAGAUUACGCCUUCUGAUGGUAGAACCAGCCGAUUUCACGUGAUAGCUCUGUCAUUUGAAGCUGACCCAGACGGACUGGAACAUCGCAAUACGUACAAAAGCUGGAAAGCAUAUAGUGGGCACGGAGACUUAACAUGGUAUGAUUCUUCAGGGAAAGUUCUUCCGUCUGUCAAAAAGCCAAGGAUGCUUUUGAUGGUGCUGAAAACUGAAAAAGGGGUUAGCAAACGUGUGGCACUUGCUGAAAGUUGGCUUAGAGUUUGGAUCCAUGCAAAGCCAGAGUUCAAAACAUUCAUUCUUAUAUAGAAAGAUCUGUAUGAGAAAAAGAGACUAGCAAACCACAAUGAAGCUAGACUCCUUGAAUAUGAUAGGAUCGAACAGCAAAAC